GCAUAUUCUCUGACAGUUUAAGCCAUUCUAACUUCGGCUGUGGCUCCUUUGUUGUCAUGGUUGCUUUUGUCCAUUUGUUGGCCGUGGCGGGACCAGUGUUCAUCAUUGCCAGCCUCGCCAUGCCAGCGGGAAUUGGAGGUGGAAUGCUCUAUGUGCCACUGUUGAUUGUGACCCAUGUGGCAGACCCCCGCUUGGCGGCGGUUCUGGCACAACCAAUUAUCGUUGGUGCAGCAAUGGCAGGAAACUUCUUCAAUAUUGCAUGGCAGCUGCGGCACAAGGAGCAAAAGUUGUUGGAUGGGCAUCUAGCCUUAGCAAUGAUCGCACCAUGCCUUGCAGGGAACCUGGUAGGUUCAGUCAUGAAUCAAUUGCUGCCGUCCACCAUCAUCAUGAUUCUGCUUUUGAUCUUGGCUGCUACUACUUUUCAGGCUUCUGCAGGAAGAGCCUUGAAGAUGUGGAGAGCAGAGAAUGCUUUGCGCAGUGUCCAGCGUCCCAACGAAAACCGGGGCUGUGGAGCCAGCAUCGUCGGACGAGAAGCAGAACUA